AUGUCUGCAUCACCGCUCCACGACAUCUGGGAGGCUUCGGCAAGCCAACCACUCGAAGCCAGCAUCGGCAAGGCCUCCCAAUUCUACGUCGGCUUCGCCCUCCUCCUCAUCGGCUUCUUCCUGACGAGCUUGUUCGGGCUCAACAACACCUUCAAGAACGUCUCGCUAUAUGGCAUUCCGGCUUCUCUCGCGUUCGGGUUUGGCGCGGUCUACAUGAUUUGUGCAGUUGGGGUAUACGUAUGA